CACAGCUGUGUUGGAAGAGAUCCAUUUUGUUAGGAAGAAAGGAGUCACGGGGCCACUUGGAGGGAGAUUGGGCAAGCUCUAGAAUAUAAAAAUGAUCUAUCUAAGCCAAAGUGACCAGAGGAGAAGGGCAAUUCCCAUCCAGCAGAUUGGUCUUCUUAUCGUCACACCUCCAUUAUUAUAUUUUAUUCUGCUGUUUGCAAGACCCCAGCAUGCUGGUCUCCAAGGUCUCCUGCUCAUUACUGGCUAUACGUCUUGGGUUUCUGAUGGUGCAGUCAUGUGAAGGACAGUCCCGAGAAGAUUUUGAGUGGAAGCACACUGAUUAUCCAAAAAGCUACUCAACUUCCCACCCUGACACCUACUGCAAGCGGAUGAUGCUUCAGAAAAGGUUGACUCGAUAUGUUUGCAAGGACGUAAAUACCUUCAUCAAUGACCGCCCUGUAAAUGUGGUACAAGUGUGCAGAGGCAGAGGGAUUCCCCAUGGUAGUGACACCGAUAGCAUAGACUCCUUCGAUAUGGUCAUCUGCAGAUACACAGGUGGUCCGGCUCCUUAUGACUGCAGGUACAGCGGCACACCUGCACACUUGCGCAUUCGUGUGACCUGCAGCGGCAUUUACCCAACACACUAUGUGACUCAAAUGCGCUAGGCAAUGUGUGGUACAACUCGCUCUCCAUUUACAGAAGCCAGAAGUCUGAGGAUGAGUUGGCUACAAUUUUAUUUUCUGUCAUGCUUUCUCCUCAAUGUAUCUCUGCAACAUGCCCACAAUAUAAGCUUUUACUGCUUUAAUAGUUACUCACUUUCCCAGGGAAUCCUGGCAAUGUAGAUCUUCAAGGAGCAGCUGCGGGAAAUACCGUUGUAUGACAUUUCUUUACCCCUGUUCCAUUAUACCAUGGGUAAGCAAACUAAGGCCUGGGGGCCGGAUCCGGCCCAAUCGCCUUCUAAAUCUGGCCUGCAGACAGUCUGGGAAUCAGUGUGUUUUUACAUGAGUAGAAUGUGAGCUUUUAUUUAAAAUGCAUCUCUGGGUUAUUUGUGGGGCAUAGGAAUUUGUUCAUUUUUUUCCCCUUCAAAAUAUAGUCCAGCCCCCCACAAGGUCCGAGGGACAGUGAACCGGCCUCCUGCUGAAAAAGUUUGCUGGUCCCUGUAUUAUACCUUCCCAGUUUCUCACCUUCUCAGUUCUCCCUUUCCUAACCAGAUAUAGUGAACACACACACACACACACACACACACACACACACACACAAUCUGAACCUCUUUUAACCUGGAGAGGCAUUGCCCAUGACCCCAGCCUCAACUCCAACCCCUGAAAGUGACGCAACAAUUCAAGAGACUUUGAAAAAAUGCUGAGCUUUUGCUGAACAAAUUAAAGCAGCAUAAAGAUAUUUAUGGUUGGGUUUAUGGUCCACAAGUUGAGCAAAUCUGGUGCUGCCUGGUUGGGACCUGGGACACCAAAUCUCCAUUCAGCCAUGAAGCUCACCUUGAGGCAGUCACUAUCUCUCAGUCUAACCCACAGAAACCCACCUGUGAAAUUACAGGCUUGCGUCGUGCCUUCAAAUUGUGUAGCAGGGCAUAGAAUUAUGUGUGCUACUUUG